UUUAUAUAUGAGUAUGUGUAUGCGUAUAUGUAUGUGUAUGUAUAUAUAUAUAUAUAUGUAUGUACGUUUUGUAGUUUUUUUUAUGUAUGUAUGUAUGUAUGUAUGUAUGUUUGUUUGUGUAUGUGUGUUUGUGUAUGUAUGUAUGUUUGUUUUUGUGUGUGUGUCUAUGUAUGUAUGUAUGUGUGUGUUCACGUUCACGCAUAUAUGAAAACAAAAACAAUUAUAUACACAUAUGUACAAAGGGACAUAUACACACGCGCGUACAAAGAGGCAAUCACACACACACACACACACACACACACACACACACACACACACACACACACGUACUUGCAUACAAAUUCUUCAUCACACGUGUGUGUGUGUGUGUGUGUUUGUGUGUGUGUGUGUGUGUGUGUGUAUGCUGUGUGUAUGGGUAUGUAUGUAUGUAAUGUAUGUGUGUAUGUAUGUAUGUAUGUAUGUAUGUAUGUAUGUAUGUAUGUAUGUAUGUAUGUAUGUAUGUAUGUAUGUAUGUAUGUAUGUAUGUAUGUAUGUAUGUAUGUAUGUAUGUAUGUAUGUAUGUAUGUAUGUAUGUAUGUAUGUAUGUAUGUAUGUAUGUAUGUAUGUAUGUAUGUAUGUAUGUAUGUAUGUAUGUAUGUAUGUAUGUAUGUAUGUAUGUAUGUAUGUAUGUAUGUAUGUAUGUAUGUAUGUAUGUAUGUAUGUAUGUAUGUAUGUAUGCACAUGUACAAACAAAUAUACAAACUUUUCUAA